CCCCCCCCGCGGCGUGGCCGCCCCCGGGCGCGGGACAGGAAGCCCCGGCGGGCGGCGGGGCCGGUGCUCGGCGGCGGGGAGCGGGGGGGGGGCGGCGGCGGUGCCCGCCCUCCCUCCGCUCCGGCCCGGCCUGGCUCGGCCUGGCCCCGCCGGGCGGGCGGCGCGUUCCCCGGCACCGCUGCCGCCGCUAAGAUGGUGGCGGGCGGCUCUGCCCGGAGCCGUCCCGGGGGGGCGGGCAGCGCGGCGGGGCUCUGCCUCCCAGCUGGGCCCCCCGCCCCCGGCGCCUUCGAGGAAACCCGGAGCCGCGCCGCUUGCCCAGGCCCAGCACCCCCCGCGGCCGGGCUGCAGACCCCGCCGGAGCGCCAGGCUGCAGGGCGGGGGGGCGUGUUGUUCGGCUGGGGGAGACCGGGGGGUGCUGCACCCCCAAGGCGGUCCCUCAAUGGUGGUUCCCGGGUGGGCGCAGGUGGCGGCGGCGGGAUGGAGAGAGCCGAUGCUCCUCCGGAGGGGCCACCAAGAAGGGACGGGGACCAUGAGCCCACGGAAAAGCCAGGCCGGGGGACGCUUUGUUCAGCCGAGGAGGAUUGUGCUGGCAAGGUGCCCACAGCCGGAGCCUUUGCACCUAACUCAGAGAACAUGGAAGAAAGGGCAGAGGAAGGGGCCAAGCCAUGGGCAAGGGCUGGCCUGUCCUCCCCGGCCCCGGGCCACACUCCACUCUCCUGCCCCAGGCUCCAUUUUUGCCCCCGAGGAGGGGAGGUGACCCUACCUCGGUCACUGCCGAAGCUUCCGCCCCUUCCAGUUGGGAGCAGGGCAGGGAACAGAUGGGAGUGGGAUCGCACCCAGCAAAUAAAAUAAGUCACAGCAACAAACUGCGCUGGCCCUGGUGACUUCCCUUUAACACCCUCUCUCCAAACACAGCCCUUCGUUUCCAACUGGAAUU